UUAAAUCUUAAAUUAAAGUAGCCAACGAAAUAAAAGUAUAAGUAUAUCAAAAUUUCACAAAGUCGAUUGCCGUGCUACUGUAUCUCAGAAAUUUAAAAUGUCCAAAUGUCGUCAAAACAAAGUGGACGAGGAAAAGUUACCGUGGUAUUAUAAUUUAUACAGCACUCUUAAGAAUACACCCAUCAAUUGUACGUUGCUUAUUGUUUCGGCCUUUGUAUUUUAUAAAGUUGUAAAAAUAACUCAUAGACGUCGUAAUAAGAACCUUGCUCAGAAUCCACAGUCAAACGGGAAAUUAAAUAUAAAUGCUAAACUGCCAGCACUUAAGUGCGACAUGAACGUUAAAGAGCUGCGCGAGUAUGACGGAGUUCGACCAGAUGGACGCAUAUUGGUGGCAGUCAACUUUAAUAUAUAUGAUGUAUCUUGUGCCAAACACUUUUAUGGCAAGGAUGGAACAUAUCCUCACUAUGCUGGUUGCGACAUUUCUCGUAAUUUAAUAAACUUUUCCGCUGAAAAAAACGAGCGCGAGGACUUCGAUGACUUGAGUGAUCUUACGACAAAACAAAAGAGCACAUUAUUGGAGUGGGAUCAUCAGUAUAGUGAUAGAUAUCCACUUGUGGGUCGCUUAUUGCCAGAACAGGAGCCUAGCAUUGACUUUGAUAUUGAAAAAAGUGAAAGUGAAGAUAUUGCGGCACUUGAGGAGCAAUUCAUGUAAUUGCUGUAAAAUAUGAAAAUUAAUUGUUUAUGAUAAAGCCACAUGGAAUAAGACAA